AUGGCCAGUGAGGCUAAAGAGCCAUCGCCCGUGAGCAUGGCGGAGCCUACGGUAAGGCUGAAGGGCAAAGAGAAUUACUAUGGCCGUACUAUGGAGUUCGACAUAUUCAUGUCCAAAGUCGGAAAGUCGGAAGACCUCGUGGACGAAGAACGCUGGCUCGACUAUCCAGUAGACGAUCCCUUAGAGAACUGGACAAAGCUGGACAUUGCGGUAGCUGGACGUUUAUGUUGGGGGCAAAGUACUAGGCCCGAAGCAACAAUGGCACCCACUACAAAAGAAUCGACCGGUCAAGAAGACAGGCCGAUCUGGGACCCCAUGUUUGAGAACGACGAGGCUAGCGACAAAUCAAAAAGGAAAAUAGUUCGGGUACCGACAGAGGAGCAUCUGUCGUUUCGUUUGUUUGCCAGGGCCUGCAAAGCCGAGAAGGUAAAGAAUGAGGAGAUGAGAGACUACUUGGGGACAUCUCUGACAAACCCACUCAUGACAGACAGCAAGAUCAGAGGCGUCUACGUGGGGAUAUCAGCAAUCGAUUGCGUGCCCAUUCUCAUGCUAAUGUCCUUCCCGAAAGACCCAAACACGCCAUGGACUGGCGAUGCUUUGCGACGAAAAAUCAAGACCUCGCUGGUUACAGACACUCUAGAAUUCGUCACCCUUAGAGGCCGCGAUGGAUCCUACCCCGGCGCCGAGAUCAUCUGGCUUGAGAAUAUGUUGAUCCCAGGCAAUAUCUCAUUUGUCAAACGUGGGAUCUGGGGCCAGCUUCCUGAUGAUGAGAAACUGAAUGAGAUAACAAAACGAAAGCCAUCCAUCUCCCGCCCUAUCCAUGAUGGCAAGAACUACGACACUUUGCAUUACCGCUUACGGUGGCCUCCCAUGGCUGUACUGGAGUUCCCUCAGCAGAUGAUCGAAUGGAUGGAAAAGUUCUUAAGCUGGUACCCAAGCGACAAUGUAUCACUCAAUAUCGCACUGGCAGCCACAGUCAUUUAUUUUGACUUGGAAAAAGGUAACCAUCAGGCAGAGGGUUUCUUAGACGGCAGUUCAGACAGGCUUCCCUAUUUUCGGGGUGCAUGGCUAAAGAAAUUCAUCAUCUACUUUCCUCACAUGUUGAGGGAUGACUGCAGUGAGCUCGAUAUACCCUGGCAGCCCAAAGUUGAUGACGAAGUCCGUUCCUGGUAUUCGGCUAUCAGUUCUCGUCACCCACAAGUACCUUCGAGUACUAGAUUCACCCUGGUUCCGUCAUCCAUGCCAGGCACAAACAUGGUCUUUCCUCAGGACUGUACCAAUGUUGAGAAGCCAAGCUCCGAUCUCUUCAAGACUUGUUGUUUAGAUGAUGUGCGUACACUGGGGCUACCCAGUUAUCAUUAUCGUGGUGUACAGCGUGGAUAUUCGCGCGAGGUCGGUAGUCCCAGCUGGAUGUUCUCUAAAGCAGUACAGAAUCCCAAAUCUCGACUUCAGAGCGUCCCGUCAGUGGAUUAUUGGAAGACCGAGCCAACAGGUGGUAUCAAAGCUCUGACAGGAACGGCAAGACGUAUCAGCACUGUAUUUCCAGAUAUUGGGUCCAGUUGCUAUGGCUAUCAUGUCAUAAAACCUGUUGUCGAUGGUCGUUUUGGCGUGGUCAGAUCCUACCUCCAGAACUUUCAACUUUGUGACGACCUUCAGGAUGCAGAACGAAAGAUCAUUGCCAAAAGAGCCAACGAUCUCAACAGAAUUGCAGACCGUUUGGGAAUACCUUCUGAGAAGCGGAGGAUGAGCUUCAAAACCCUCUGUCCUGAGUGGGAUGGUAUGGAAGUUGACCUGAGAUCACUUCUCAUGGAGGGAAAGCUGAAGCGGUAUGCUGCAGGAGAACCUCCAUUGCCUCCCGCCAAGCGAGCGAAGCCAGUCGAUCCAGCACUGAGUCCUGAAGUUCAAAACAGGAUCGCCGAAAUUAUUGACAGUCUGAAAACGAGUUCUGAUGAUUGGAAAGGCUUACAAAAGCUAAUCGAAAGUCCAGCGCCAAAACUGAAAGCAGUCCAAGAAUCCUUCUCUCCCGUACGGUCAUUCGUAGCUGAUGUCCAGAAAGCGCUACAGCCUGAGAAUUCUGAGAAUGGCCAGGGAAGCAUAGACCAAGUCAUUCGAGUGGCGUUUCGAGCUGAGGGGCUUUACACCAAGGCUGAGGUCGAAGCACUCGACUAUAGAUCAAAAUGGGAGAAGCAUCGCCUCAAUAGGUUCAUCAAGAUUGGACAGGCUCUUGGAGAUUGCAUGCAAGUUAUCUUUUCAAAUUGCGACGAGCCGGGAGGAUUUAGGCUCACGCUUCCCAAUAUUCAAGUGUUGAGAGAGUCGCCCUUGGUUAAGGACCAAGUUGAGGCCUACAAGAAGAUCGAGGCUUUACUGAGCCCCCCGCGGACAGUGAUCAAGCUCAAGACAUCAAAGGGAGACCCGGCGAAGGAAUGA